UCAUAAUCAGCAUGUUGUGAAAAACCACACGUGUGCAUAUCGCACAAACAUAUUGCAGCUUCACAGCAGACGUGUGUCACUUCUUUUCAGACCUAUCAUUGGGAACCUAUCAUGUUCAUCCACUGUAACCUGGCAACACUGAUAUUUGUGCUGACCCUUGAUCGUCAUGUUUAUACAAUCCUUGGAGGCCAUGAGGCUGUGCCACAUAGCAGACCAUACAUGGUGCUUUUGCAGAGGCACAUGUCAGAUGGUCGAAAGAAAUACGGUGCCGGAUUCCUUCUGAAUGAGGAUUUUGUGAUGACUGCUGCCCACUGCCAUGCUGAGUCUUACACUGCCUUACUAGGAGUUCACAAUGUGAGUAGUAAUAGCGAAAUACAGCGCAUAUCUGUGGAACAACAAUUUCCACAUAAAUACUUCAACCAAACCUCUUUUAUAAAUGAUGUAAUGCUUCUGAAGUUGAGCUCCAAGGCAAAGUUCAGUGAGAAUGUGAAACCUAUUCCUCUGGCGAGUCAUGAUGAUGGUACUUUGCCAAAAUCAUGUAUAUUCUCUGGCUGGGGACGAACACACCGGAAUAGUAAAUAUUUUUCUCCCACACUUAUGGAAACUAGCGUAACACUGAUUGACAAUAAGUACUGCACCAUGGAAAACUUCUACUGCUCUCAGGGAGACACUGGUCCAAGUGAGGGAGAUUCUGGUGGUCCAUUGGUCUGUGAAGAUGGAAAGGCAUACGGCGUGGUGUCCAGUGUAGUUACUCCACACUCAGGUGGCCCAGACAUCUUCAGAUUCACUAAAAUUCCUGAAUCCACUGAAACACAGCAUCAUGUUUGUAUUAGACCUGCUGAUUAGUCAGUUAAUGUGAAAGUUGCAGAAAUGAAAACAAU